AUGGUUGAUUUGGAGCAUAUGCGAACAGUAAAACCUGAAAAACACUUACGGUUUUGCCAGGAAAAUGGUUUUAGUAGCCACUUUGUCUCAGCCAAGACAGGAGACUCUGUCUUCCUGUGUUUUCAGAAAGUUGCUGCUGAAAUCCUUGGAAUAAAAUUAAACAAAGCAGAAAUAGAACAGUCGCAGAGAGUGGUGAAGGCAGAUAUUGUAAACUACAACCAGGAGCCUUUGUCAAGAACUGUUAACCCUCCUAGAAGCUCUAUGUGUGUAGUUCAGUGAGUGCAUUUUUCCUUUGUGUUGAUAGUUCUGGCUGCCCUUCACCUCUGGGUGGGCCUGAGGACUUCUAGGAGCUUGUUUUAUCCGUGGCCAUCUCUGUAGUCCAGUUAACACUUUCCUUCCAACUGACUUCAUCGUUAAGUUUGCUUCACAGCCUCAGGCAGCUUCUUGGGUUAGAAAGAAUUCAACUGCGGGACCACACACUUUGAAUUCAAAAUGGAAAUCCUAUUCUCUGGAAUUAGAUUGCUUCACUGAAAAAGAAUGAUAUGUUUCUCUGUAUAUCCUUGCUUCUUUUUUUCCCAAUAUAAAUUUUUCAACCAAACAUGAGAACUAUCCAAGUCCUUAUCAUCAGCCAAGAUUUUGCCAUUGCACAGUUUUAUUUUCUUAUCUGAACUCAUACAUGUCGCAGUAUACUUCAGAGUGCAAACUUUAAGCAAGUAAUAUAUUUUACCUACAGAUACUUAAGAAGGCAUUCUUUUGCUGUCAAAAGUGAAAACAUAUAAAGCUGUAUCUAACUGAAAGUGCUUGAAAUAAGGCUGUAAUAGAAAUAUUUUUUCAUUUUUUAAAAAGAGGUUUAAAUUGUUUAUUUUGUAGUUUGUAACUCACAAAAUAGUAUUUGAUAUUGUAUUUUUAUUACUGUAUCAUGGCCAUUAUGUAUUGUGUAAUACUCAGGUUGGAUGGCUUUCUGAUUUUUGGUAAACGUUCAGCCGAUGCUCCAGGUGGAGGAGUGUCUCCUACAAACAGUGUAAGAAUCCUCCCAGGAUGAUGUAUGACAUUCUGUUGGAUCAGUGUGGAUCGGAGUGUACCUGAUGUUCAGAUGUUUCCUCUAACAAAUAAAUUUAUUUAUAAACUA